AUGCUUCAGAAGGAACUGGAGGGGCUUCGUGAAGAGAAUCAAAGACUGAAGAUAUCCAUUGAGCAGACAGAGGAACAAGUGCAGAGGGAUGUGAAAGAUAUGGAUCAGAAACUCAAGGAGCUUCGUGAAGAGAAUCAAAGACUGAAGAAAUCCAUUGAGCAGACAGAGGAACAAGUACAGAGGGAUGUGCAAGAUAUGGAUCAGAAACUCAAGGAGCUUCGUGAAGAGAAUCAAAGACUGGAGAAAUCCAACAAGGAGAGUGUUAUUUGUGAGCAAAAUUUGCUGAGAGAUGUGCAAGAGAAGGGUGAGCAACUGAAUGUGCUUGUGGAACGGAAUAAGAAACUGAUGCUAUCCAACCAGAACAACAAGGAGAGACAAAACCAAUUGGAGAGAGAAGUGCAAGAGAAGGGUGAGCAACUGAAUGGACUUGUGCAAGAGAAGGAUCAGCUACUGAUGACUUUACAAGAGGAUAAAUAUAAUCUUGAGAAGCAGAUUUUGCAGGCACAGCAAGAGACCAAUGUUAAGGAGAUUGCAAGAUCUACUUUGGCGAAGGAGAUUGAGGACAUUAUGCAAAAGAAGGUUAGUGAUGAUAGCAACAACAUCCUUUCAAAUUCGCCAUUACAGAAGAUGGUCAAAGCUAUUCGAUUUCUGUGGAUUCGUUCGAUCUUAGCACCAAAAGGUGAUAUUACCGGUGAUGAAUUAGGUACCUUUAUGGGUGCCCUAGUAGCAGUAACUUCAUUUGUCGUUAGCUAUUCAAACAAAGAUGGGAGGAAGAUGUUCUUAAGCGCAUGUGUGUCUCUAUUGGGAGUGUUGUGUGGGAAAGUUUUCAACAACCUACUGACGUACAUCUCAAUGGACAAAGACGCUACCAUCGGAUCGAUACUCCGAUAG